AAACACGAAUGGCUUUCAAUAUAAAAUUGUUUAGUUAAUGUGUUCAUAGUUCAUCACUUCAUCAGUCUCAUUUUAAAUUCAUAGUCCAUCAUAUCAUCCGUCUCAUUUAAAAUUUUAAUUCGUGUUCAAAUAGUCAGUGUCAUUGCAAUUUUUUUUAACAUGCAAAAAGUGGAUACAAGUAUAAUGUCAAGGAUAAAAAGUGCAUACAUUAUUUUGAUAAUAAUUUUUGCAGUUGAUAGAACUUAUGGAAAAGGUGGUUUAUGCCAAACGCCUGGAAUUUGUGUCCCAUUAUCGGCCUGUCGGACAAUUACGGACUUAAUCAAUGGAUAUAAAUCUUUGCCUUAUUGGUUAAAAAAUGUAGUCGCACAAUCCUCCUGUGGGAAAUUCAAUAAUGUGUAUCAUGUUUGUUGUGAUCCAAAAGAUGUUAUUGAUAGACUAUUACCAGUACGAACCAGAGCAGGCACUGUAAGAUCGAAACACGAUGUCCGAACUGGAUUGUCCUUGUUACAAAAGCAAUCUAACUACUGUGGAAUGAGAGAUGCUGAUCGAGUUACCAAGCUCUCUGAAUUUCCAUGGAUGGCUUUGCUAAUAUAUUCUAAUGGUUUGAUUGGCUGUGGAGGAACAUUGAUUCAUGAAAGAUAUGUUCUCACUGCAGCUCAUUGCAUCUUGUCUAAAAAAAAUAACUUGGUCAGGGUUCGUUUGGGUGAAUAUGAUACCAAAUCCGAUAAAGACUGUGAAGGCGGGGGUUAUACAAUAAGAUGUGCUCCACCAACACAAGAAAUUGACAUAAAGGAGGCUAUUUAUCAUAAAGACUUUAAUCCCCCCGCGUACUCCGAUGAUAUUGGAUUGCUGCGUCUUGUAAAGAAAGCUGUGAUAACAACUAAUGUUAUACCAAUCUGCCUGCCUAUAACGUAUAGUUCAAUGACGUACUCUAUAGAUAAAAUGAUAAUAGCUGGAUGGGGUGUUACAAACAAUGGCAGUGAAGCUAGUAUUCUACAAUAUGCUGAUGUUCCUGUAAUAAGCUUCGAUGAUUGUCGAAAAAUAUAUACAUUAUUAAAUAUCACCCAUAAACAUAUCUGUGCUGGAGGAGGGCAAAACCUUAUCAAUACUUGCAAAGGUGAUUCAGGUGGACCGCUAUUUAAUUAUGGGAUAUACAAUUGGGAUGUUUGGCGGUUUAUACAGUUUGGUGUGAUUUCGGCGGGUACUGGAGUCUGUGGUUCUAAUGAACCUGGAAUUCAUUCCAAAAUUGAGGAAUAUUUGGAUUGGAUUACUAGCAAUUUAACAGAAGAUUAUGAACAUAAUGUUGAUGAAAGUGUAGAAGAAGAUAAUGAAAAUAAUUCUAAUGAAAGUGUAGUAGAAGAUUAUGAACAUAAUUUUGAUGAAAGUUUUGGAAAAGUUCGAGUUCUCUCAAUCUGUCAGUAUCAGUGUAAGGAUUAUUUCCUUAACAUGCAAAAGUUUACUGCAAUGUCAAAUAUAAAAAAUAUGUAUACAACGUUGAUAUUAAUAUUGACGGUAAUUUUUGCAGUUGAUAGAACAUAUGGAGACGGUGCUUUAUGCCAAACGCCUGGAAUUUGUGUCCCAUUAUCGGCCUGUCGGACAAUUACGGACUUAAUCAAUGGAUAUAAAUCUUUGCCUUAUUGGUUAAAAAAUGUAGUCGCACAAUCCUCCUGUGGGAAAUUCAAUAAUGUGUAUCAUGUUUGUUGUGAUCCAAAAGAUGUUAUUGAUAGACUAUUACCAGUACGAACCAGAGCAGGCACUGUAAGAUCGAAACACGAUGUCCGAACUGGAUUGUCCUUGUUACAAAAGCAAUCUAACUACUGUGGAAUGAGAGAUGCUGAUCGAGUUACCAAGCUCUCUGAAUUUCCAUGGAUGGCUUUGCUAAUAUAUUCUAAUGGUUUGAUUGGCUGUGGAGGAACAUUGAUUCAUGAAAGAUAUGUUCUCACUGCAGCUCAUUGCAUCUUGUCUAAAAAAAAUAAACUGGUCAGGGUUCGUUUGGGUGAAUAUGAUACCAAAUCCGAUAAAGACUGUGAAGGCGAGGGUGAUGAAAUGAGAUGUGCUCCACCAACACAAGAAAUUGACAUAAAGGAGGCUAUUUAUCAUAAAGACUUUAAUCCCACCGCGUACUCCAAUGAUAUUGGAUUGCUGCGACUUGCAAGGAAAGCUGUGAUAGCAACUAAUGUUAUACCAAUCUGCCUGCCUAUAACGUAUAGUUCAAGGGCGUACUCUUAUGAUAAAAUGAUAAUAGCUGGAUGGGGUGUUACAGACAAUGGCAGUGAAGCUAGUAUUCUACAAUAUGCUUAUGUUCCUGUAAUAAGCUUCGAUGAUUGUCGAAAAAUAUAUACAUUAUUAAAUAUCACCCAUAAACAUAUCUGUGCUGGAGGAGGACAAUUCGUUUUCAAUAGUUGUAGAGUUGAUUCAGGUGGACCGCUAUUUAAUUAUGGGCCAAACAAAUGGGGUGAUUGGCGGUUUAUACAGUUUGGUGUGAUUUCGGCGGGUGCUGCAGUCUGUGGUUCUAAUGAACCUGGAAUUUACACCAACGUUAAGGAAUAUUUGGAUUGGAUUACUAGCAAUUUAACAGAAGAUUAUGAACAUAAUGUUGAUGAAGCUUAUGAAGAAGGUUAUGAAAAUAAUUCUGAUAAAAGUGUAGAAGAAGAUGAUGAAAAAGGAGGUGAAAUAUAA